UGCUGUUUACACCUGAUUACUCAUGUCUGCACACAUGUGAUCGUGACAGCCUUAACCUGCAAGUCGAGCUGUUUACUGUAGCGUGUACGUCCACUUUGUAUACAAAAGUGGACCUUGACCAUUGGGACCCGAUUCUCACCACGGUGUAGCCGCAUGACUCGGACGAAGUGAUGUGAUAUGCAAAUGGCUGCUCGGAAAUGGACACCAACAAAGAGGCCGCUUCCCGUCAAAACAGCUAUGGCGGAAGUAGCGAGAUCAUGUCGUGCAGUGACAGCCUGGACACCGAUGAAAGUGAUGCACAUUCCUCGGAGGAGGUCCAAGGUGAGGGAAGCUUCUCCUACCGACGGUUGUCAAGGCGACACAAGUGCGUCAUCGUCAGCAUCUGUACCACAAGCUUCAUCAUCAUGAUGAGCGAGUCCAUCAUGAGUCCCCUCUAUCCCGCGGAGACGGAGGUACGCGGAAUCAGUACGCUGGUGUCCGGAUGGGUGUUUGCCGCGUACGCUCUCGGACAAGUCAUCUUCUCUCCACUUAUUGGUAAAUAUAUACCGAAUAUCGGAUCCAGAUUCAUCUAUCUGUCUGGGGUAUUCUUCGCUGGAGGGUGUACGUUACUGUUUGGCAUAUUGGAGUACAUCCCACUGACUGACGGCCAGUUGGUGUUCGUGGUGUUCUGCUUCCUCAUGCAGAUCGUCCUGUCUAUAGGGGUUACUGCUCAACAAACUGCCGCAUUCACUAUGGCCUCCAAAGAGUUCGGGUCUAAUUUUACUGCUGUGUUUGGAAUGAUGGAGGUGUUUGUUGGGCUGGGGAUGACGGUUGGACCUGCAAUAGGCGGCUUCCUGUACACGCUGGGUGGGUUUCACCUGCCGUUCGUGGUGGUCGGGUGUCUGAUCGUCUUAAGUCUUCCGUUCAACUAUUUCCUCCUUCCAUCUGUGCGGGAUGCGCGGCAUUUUAAGUCGACCAAUGCCGACAGGGCAGUUUCUAAGCCUAAAGGAAUCUCGGCCACCCGAACCAUACUCAGGGACCCAACGGCGCUGGUCACUCUCCUGUCAGUGGUGCUGGGGGCAGGGGUGUGGGCAGUACUGGACCCCAUACUGGAACCAAGACUCACUGACUUCGACUUGACUCCAGAAAUGAGCGGGGUAAUCUUCCUCAUCCUCUCCGCAUCCUACGCCCUGGGCUCCCCCAUCAGCAGCUGGGUUGCAGACAGGCUGCCAGACAACCGUAUCCUGAUGGUCCCAGGCUUCCUGGCGUGUGCAAUAUCUCACUUGCUGCUCGGCGGCUCUCCUCUCCUUGGCUUCGAUCCCGAUUACAGAGAGAUCUGGUUGACGAUUGUGUCACUGAUGACACUUGGAUUUGCAAUCAGCAUGGCUGUUAUUCCAUCCUACCAGAUCGUUCUGGACGUCGCAACGGACAGUGGUCUAGAAGACAACAUGGAAACUAACGGCGCCGUAGCAGGGAUCUGGUGCUCUAUGUAUGCAGUGGGAGAUUUUAUAGGUCCCAUCUUUGGUGGUUGGAUGGCGGACGAUGGUGGUUUCGCUUGGACCCUAACGUAUACAGGAUUGGCGUGUAUUGUAGUUAGUAUUUUGCUGAUAAUUUCGGCAGUGUGUGACAAAAAGUGCCGAAAACCUAGGAAAAGUCCUACAGACGAUGAACAAUCUAGAACGAAAUUACUUCAGUAUAAUGAUGACGACUAUUUGACUUUCACAGAGGUGUAUAUAAAGACACUGGUACCUCCUCUUCAAAUGGCAUAACGUGACUGCCUGUGCGUGAAACCUAAUGGUGCUUGAUAAAUCAAGCAGAUGGCAGGACGGAUCUCUACAGACAUCCUUCCAACAAUUACUGUCAUGAGUGAAUUAUUGUGUUGCAGCGACGUUUGGACAAUGAUGGAUGGAUGGCGAGACAUCGUCUUUCGCAUUGGUUGGGAGGGGCACGGGUGGCCCAGUCGUCUAAGGCGCCGCGAUUCGCUGUGCAGAGGUGUGUCCAUUGGGCACGCCAGAAACCUAUGAUUGUGGGUUCGAAUCCCGGUCCGCAACCGAUUAUGUUUCUA